UCAAGAUGGCCGAUUCAGAAUUGAAUGUUGACAGCUUGAUAGCGCGACUUUUAGAAGCGCGAGGGGUCCGCCCCGGAAAGACGGUGCAGAUGACAGAGGCAGAAGUUAGAGGACUUUGUUUAAAAUCACGAGAACUGUUCCUAAGCCAGCCUAUCCUGCUUGAGUUGGAAGCUCCAUUGAAAAUCUGUGGUGAUAUUCAUGGCCAGUACACAGACCUGCUCCGACUAUUUGAAUACGGUGGCUUCCCCCCUGAGGCAAACUACCUCUUCCUUGGAGAUUAUGUGGACAGAGGGAAGCAGUCCUUAGAAACGAUAUGCCUACUUCUUGCCUAUAAAAUCAAAUACCCAGAAAACUUCUUCUUGCUAAGAGGGAACCAUGAGUGUGCGAGUAUAAACAGAAUAUAUGGUUUUUAUGAUGAAUGUAAAAGGAGGUAUAAUAUCAAAUUGUGGAAAACCUUCACAGACUGCUUCAAUUGUCUUCCAAUAGCUGCGAUUAUAGAUGAGAAAAUAUUCUGCUGUCACGGUGGUUUAUCUCCCGAUCUCCAAUCAAUGGAACAGAUUCGUCGUAUCAUGCGCCCCACAGACGUGCCAGACACCGGCCUGUUAUGCGACUUACUCUGGUCAGAUCCCGAUAAAGAUGUCAGUGGUUGGGGAGAAAAUGACCGAGGUGUCUCAUUCACAUUUGGUGCAGAUGUCGUAGCCAAAUUCCUCAAUCGACAUGAUCUUGAUUUGAUAUGCAGAGCUCAUCAGGUUGUAGAAGAUGGCUAUGAAUUCUUCGCAAAACGACAGCUUGUGACGUUGUUUUCUGCGCCAAAUUAUUGUGGCGAAUUUGACAAUGCUGGUGGAAUGAUGUCAAUUGAUGAAACACUGAUGUGUUCAUUUCAAAUUCUUAAACCAUCAGAAAAGAAAGCGAAAUAUCAAUAUGGAGGGAUAAACUCGGGACGCCCUGUCACGCCGCCUCGGGGCCCACCACAGCAGAAGAAGAAAUAGGAAUGUUGAUAUGACUGAUGCUCUGCAAAGUGGGGCUGAAACAUGAAUCAGCGACAAUGAUCUGAGCUUGGCUGCUAUCAUUUACUUAUGGAAAUAUCCUGUCGUUUUCAUGGCUUUGUUACAUGCCGUAAAGUAAAAUUCUGUGGAUAAAAAAGUAUUUGGGGAAACUUUUCCAAGACUGUGGUUUUUGUAACCCUGAAGUUGUUUUUUACCAGGUAACUGAUAGAGGUUGAGUAGUCAAAUCAUUGUGGUAUUCGUGUAACACUACAGAAGAAAUCUACCGGUAAUGUUUAUUUACUGUAGUAAUUUAUAGCAACAAUGUAUAAGGCUUGCUUAUAUCUUUUUGUUUCUAGCUUUACUUAUAAUGUGGCCCUGUUGCUUUGGGCUCUCCUGUUGAACUGUAUGCACUAAGAUGCCAUGCUUUCUUCAUCAGCUUGUCACAGAAUACAGCUUUACCAGAGUAUUAUCAGCAAGACCAUUUAUAGAUGAGCAGACCAAUGUUAGCCUACUCUAUUGUAUAUAAAUGCUCUUGAUAAAUGUUUGGUGUGACAAAGGGACUGGAGUAAAAGUAUUUCACAGCCAAAAGAGGCAAAACACUUGGUCAGGGAGAGUGGGUGAAGAUAUUUGCCUGGUUUAUUUUGUCUUUUUUCCUUCAAAUAAGGCGUCGCCCAUAAAUAAACCAAGAGCAGUUGAAAACAUAUCAGUAGUAAAGAAAGCCCUCUCAGUAUCCCAUAGUGUUCAAGUAUUAUUCGGAUACAUUUUGCGAUGUGAAGUCAAAGUUACCCUAACUUAGUGAUUUUACCAGUGACUAAAGCUAAGGUGCAUGUUUUUGUGAAUAGCUAUGUAUAUAAUUAAAAAUAUAUGAAUAGUGGAAUUUUCAUCUGCGUCGUUCAUGCUUGGCCAGUAUUAGCAUGUACUUCCCUGUCCUUCAGUUUUUUGUGACACACUGUAAUUUGUUAUAUGACAAGUUCUUCAAUCAAUGCCUUGUUUAAUUCAUCCAUUUUAUAAAUACCGAUACAUGUGUACAUUUUGAGGUCCUUUCAGCUUUUUCAACUUUGCCCCUUUCAACUGACUGAUCAGUUUUGGUCUGUGACUGUAGUUCUUGUGAUUUUUGUUGUGAAUUUAAAUUUGUGAAGGGUAACCCUAAAUGUCUAUUUAAGAUUUUCGGUAAUAUUGUUAUAUUGACUCUUCGAGCAAGGUUUUCACCAAAGACUUCUUGGGAUACCUGCUGUGAAAAUUCUCUGGUGCUAAGUUUAUUUAGUAUGAAUGAUAACUGCUGCGAAAGUUUUGUACUGCUAGUACUACAGGAUAACCAUACAUGUAGAAUGUGAAAUAGUGAAAUCAAUAUAUUAAGAUGUAUAGUUUUUCUGAUGAAUUACAUGUAGUGAAAAGAAAUAAUAACAAAUUUAAAUCAAAAAGCAUUCAGUAAAUUGAGUUUUAUAGAUGUCAACGUUAUUGUUCACCACUAUUUACUAUGCAAGCAACUAUUUAGGAGCUUUAAGCCAUAAUCUAGGGGCUUCAAGAGUGUUACUGGUACUCAGUGGGGACGCAACUUCAUUUCUGUCUUCUUGAACCCUGGUGAUGGCCAUCGUGAGCUCCCAUGUUUACUAGCUACGUCUUCACGGGCUACACUACUGAGAGUGAAGUCAGGAGGCGUAACAGAGCAAACAUUUGUGGUGAAGAUGGGUGAUUUUCAAAAUUAGGAAAGAUCUGAUUGCACUCUGUUUCAUCCAACUGGAAUGAUAGCUUAUACAUCUGCGUUUAUAAUUUUAAUAAAAAAGUUUGUUCUCCAA